AUGACGCUCGUCAGAGCGGAGACGCCCUUGACGGGGGAGCAGCUUUUGUACGAGGGCGAGAGCUACCUGCCGCAGGCGCCGGAGGUGGUGAGCUCAGGCCUGGAGCUCCGCUGCGAGGUCUGCGAGAUCUUCGGGGCGGUUGGCGUAGGCAAGACCCAGCUGGCGCUCACCUUGGCGGCCUCCUUGGCCCCCAGCCGCCGGGUGCUCUUCGUGGCCGUCAAGGACGCGCCGGCGGCCCUGGCGCAGCGCCUGCAAUGCAUGGCCCAGGACAUUGGCUCCCUGGCGCGGGUGCAGCUCUGCCGUGCCGGCGACUUUACGGACUUUGCGAGGAUCAUCCUAGGCUUCGGAGAGUCUUUGCAGCCCAAGGAGCCAGCCCCUCUGGUUCUGCUGGACGGGCUCUCCCUACUGCUGGCACCCUUUACCUCCGCCAACGGCUGGGCGCACAGGUGGCGCCUCGCCUGGAGCUGGCGCCAGCUUCGGCAGCUGGCCCUGCCAGGCCCCGGCUCUUCCGGCUGCUGCGUGGUGCUCUUCUCGCACCUCUCGGGCGGCCCCGGUGGCCAGGUGCCUGCGCUGGGCGCGCUGUGGUCCCAGGGCGCCGCCCGGCGCCUCGAGCUACGAGAAACCGAGCUGCGGCCCUGCGCCCGGAAGCGAGGCCCGCUGAGUCAGGAAGCACCGGUGCAGAUCUCUGUGGGCGAGGCCGGGGUGCAUUUUGCAGAGUUGGCCCCGCCACUGCAGCUUUGA